UUUUAAAGUAUAUAAACUCGACGGAUAUAAUGCAAAAUUCAUCACUAGUUUUAAAUAACUAUAAAAUUAACUUUGAUAAACUUUGAAAACAAUGAAUUGUUUAGUAUUGGUAUCAUUGGCUUUGUGCCUAACCGCCGCUCAAUUGUCUUAUGGAGCGAGUGUUGAAAAGAGGCAUAUAGUGGGAGAUCUGAUGCAUUUACUCAACCCGUUUGGUCACUGCCAGAGCCCUCCCGUCCAACUCAUUGAAUGUCAGCGCAAAAUAAUUGUAGAAAAGUGUGACAAAGAACUGUUGGAAGCGUUCAAUAAAGUGGUAUUUGAUCCGCAAAUCACAUCCAAUGAACGACAAGACUGUCCUAAAUAUAAGUUGGGAUCAAAACAUUGCAAAUCACUUCAAGACUUUGAUUAUAUAAUGGAAGUCAGGCCCGGAGUUGUACCCAAACCCCGACCCGUCGACGAUAGCAAACCUGAGCCACAGAUUAGCUUUUCGUUUAGGACACCGAUUACGGCAUUUCCAUUGGUCUACAAAGAACUGAUCAAUUUCUGCAACAUUACAAUCAACCCAACAAAUGCCGCCAAUUAUACCCAUUUGUGUGCAAUGAUUACACACGUUAUGAGGGAUCACAACAUAGACCUGAUCUGCAUUUUCCCGAUGGGCACUCAUCUCAAUCAUGAUUUUUUAGAUCCUUUGGUCCAAAACUGUUUAAUCAAUUACAAACAAUCCGCUGAUCUCAAAAAGCUUCGCACCCAUUGUGUCAAUACAUUGGAUCAGAUGUUUCCGACGGCUCAAUACGUAAACAAGUCUUUGGUGUCAAUACACUCGUCGUUCAGCCGUUACAGUGAUAUCGGAAACUAUAUCUACGAAAGUGUAGCCAUCAUUAGACACACCAAUACAAGCAUUUUGCCAAACCCUAUAAAUACACUCUUUUUUUAUAAGGCAUAUCCAUAUAAUAAGACCAUUUUAGCGCGCUUUGUGUCCAAAGACGACCUAAAGCCGACAAUUUUGACAUUUCCCGGUAUAUCCAAUGUCUAUAUGUGUGAAAACAAGUGUUUGACUAAAAACCUUUUAUUCGAAAUCGGAACCAUAAACAGUUUCACAUAUGUUUCCGUAGAGAUUAAGACUAAAGAAUGCAAACAACGUCUACUCGAUUCCGACGCCUAUUAUAACGUGUGUUUGUAUGGAUACACGUCUGAGAAGACCAGCGAAACCACAUUUGCAAAGACAGGUCUCAAAGCAUUUCCUUUUUACUACACACCCAAUGGUAUGGAAGCGUAUAAAUGGGAAGAUUAUGGUUACCAGAAUUUUUGCACUGAAUUGUCCGCAUAUAUUGACCGCAAAAUAUCAACGGGAAAGACACCUGACUUUCGGGGCCUCACAGCCUAUCAACAGAGCGUCGACACAAAGCUAUACAAUAUUGCUGUGCUUUGGGCCGCGAGUACAGACCCUCUGGACAACAACCAAACCGUCCAUACGUUUAAGUGGACGGUCGACGUCAAGCACUCUCCGGGAGGUAAAGCACCGGAUAUUAAUAGUAUGAUUGAAUAUAAUGAGGUCACGAAUCAGUUGCAAAGCAAUGAUACUAUAAAUGGACUUUUUGUUCACAACAAUCAUAUCGUUUUGAAUGCUUUCAGUGGUAAUCAAUACUUUCCUAUUGCUGUCGAGAGCAUAAGGACAACAAAUCCACAGUUUCAAGGAGACCAUUAUUUCAAGUGGGAUGACAUUGUUUACUGUCCGGCAAAACACAUGACAUAUUCAGUGAUCAGUAGUUAUACUGAAGGCGUGUGUGAAGUGAACCGCACUUAUAACAAGCGUCAAAGUGUCUUCAAUAUCGGUGACCGACUAUACCAUCAAACGGGCCGUCAUUUCUAUUACUAUUCGUUUCGCGACUCUUCUUCCGAACGAAAGUUUAUAUUUGAUAAAUACGUUACACAACUGUUGGGAACGUAUUUCGACACUCGACAACGAGUGACCGGAUAUUCAUUUAAGAUACACCCGUUAUAUAAGGUGGUCAUCCACGGCAAGAGUAGUCACGCGUACCGAGAAUUAGGCGCAUAUAUAUACGGCUUCUUUGACUUGCAUUUCCCUUACUAUCACAUCAUUCCAGUCGAAGCUCACCCCCAUCUGGCCUACACUCUGGGCCCCGCACUCGACGCAUACAAAAACCAAUACAAACCCUUUUUAUCGGUCUAUUAUUUGGAAGAGAAAUAUUACUUAUUUAUGAUUCAUUUCGCGGAUUCCGAUGAAAUAAUCUAUACCGAGACCGGAAACGAUCCCAAACUAAAAGUAGACAAACAAUUGUUUUAUCCGUUCAGAAAUAUAAGUGCCGACCAAUUUUCAAAGGCAAAAGUAUAUAAGUCUAUUGACUCCGGAUUUACUAAGAUUAUCGGCGCCUUCAAUAAGCCUUUCAUCACAGGUAGGUUGACCACCUGUCCUCUAUUACAGAGGAUUUUCCUCUAUUUGGACUCUUGUCCUCUGUCCUUUGAAGGUGCCAUAGAGGACAUGUAUUUAAUACAUAUUAGUGAUUUUGAUAGGAUUUUUAAUUUAAACAAAAAAUGA